UUCUAUAAUAUAAUAACAAUAAAGGCUAUGAGCCAUCUAUACCGAUAUAUAGGUACAUCUGUAUGUAUAUGACCAGUCCAACUUGGUCAGGUAAGGUUAGAGUCAGGACAAAUGUCUGCUGUGUAGGCAGUGAAUUGUAGGUUAUUUUUUAUAAAUCGAAUCCUAAAGUAAUUAUUUUUGUACAAAAAGUAACGCACCAGUCAAACUAUGGCAGACAACGAUAACUCCAUCGACCCCAAAAAAGAUGCCGAAGGAAAAAAUGCCGAGGUUAUUUACUGCGCGUACUGCCCUUCCAAAAUACUCAAUCCUGGAGCAGCCACUUUUGUAAAUAUCGAUUUUGCCUUACCUCACAUGCUGAGAAAACGUGAUGAGGACACUGACAAGAGAGAACCAAUAAGCGACUACUGGUUGGUUGAUGAAAUCAAUAAUUUUGAGAAUAUUGGGGUAUCUCACAAAGUCGAAAAUGUCAAGUACUUAGCGUGUGCUGACUGUGAAAAAGGUCCAGUUGGUUGGCACGAUUUAGCAACAUUCCGCUCUUACAUAGCUCUGAGUAGAGUUAAACAUCAGAAGCCGAGUUCAUAAAUGGCGGAUUAAUUUAAUCUGUCUUGGCAUUUAUUUUGUGUGCGCUAAGAUUUGUUUGUAUCAAUGAGUGUCACUGUGCCAUGGUAUGUGCAAUUUUUUUUAUUUUUUUUUUUAAGUUGCGAAGUAAUUACUUAUAAUGAAAGCACCGACCAAGUUUUUGACAAAUGAAACAAACAUAAUUAAGAGUUUUUGUAAACUUUUUCUAUACAUUUGCUGUAAGUACAAGUGCAGGUGUUGUGCUUGUCUUAAUGUAACUCUAACCAUAUUUUGAAAUACACAAAUAUUUAUCAAAAGAAAAAAAAA